AUGUUUGAAGACAUGAGUCCAAUUACGGAAGUCUCUCAACGCUGCUCUCUUCCUGGUGUGCGGUCUAUUUCUAAUACUCCCGCAGCUGCAGAAAUGACUGAAGACCGUCGGUUACCGCCGCUACCACGCGUCGAACCAUUGCCUCGGGGUCCCUUUAACCCCUUUAAUUCCACCGUGCUGGCUCAUGGUCCCCCCAGCUCUCAUGACGCGCUCCCCGUCAAGACAUCGUCAUGGACCGGGACCGAACACAUAGUGACCCCUCCAUCUCCCGCCAACUCCGCCGAUAGCUCGUGGACGGAAUCCUUGCAGCAGCACUCGCACCGGAAUUUCGAAUUCCCCCAGGAACUGACCCCGGCCGACCUGCUGAGCCUGAUUGCCCCGAGGCAGAUCAACCGCAAGCCUCCUUUGCAGCAGCUGUGCGGCCGCAAGCGCAAAGGGAGUCUGAUCUCGGACUCGGACGACCAGCGCGAGAAACACCGCAUUGCGGAGGGGAACCGGCGAAAGAACCUGAGUCUUUUGCAUCGCGAGCUGGACGCCCGCAUCCAUGAUUUCUUCCUCGAGCGGGCGGGAUGGAACCCGGCCAAGAGUCUGCCCGAAUCCAAGGAGCACAUCGUGCAGGGGGCCAUCUACCUGAUCGACUUCAUGCUCCUGGUCAUUGUGCAUCUGAUCCGACAGGAGAAUGAGAUGCCUCGACAGCUAUCGGAGAAGCUCCAGCCGCAAAUCCGGUGCAUGCAACUGCAGCAGCUGGUGUCGAACCUGCAGGAGCAGAACCAAACGGCGCAGCAGCAGAUCAAGACCCUAAAGCAGGAGAAUCAAAUGCUGGAGGAGCGCAACCAGGCUCUUGAAAUCCAGCUGAAGUCUUACGAGCAUAUGUUCCGCUCACCCAAGACGGAGCACUCGACCCCCCAAGCACUGGCUCCGCUUCCUGAUCACCGGCCACGUCAUAUGCUGCCGGGUCUGCGCGUCUUCUGCGACGAGAUCACCGCCACCAGCGUGGAUGCGUCGCGGUCGGAGCCCCUGACGGCUUCUUCGUCGCAGUCCUUUCCUCCUUUGAUCAGCCAUACUCCUCCCAUGACGGGGCCGUCGUCGCCUAUUUUUCCCCAGGCCUAUUCAGUGGUGCCUUCACGGCGUCAGUCGAUCUCCUCGAGGUUCAUUGCCAUCCUCAAUCAGAGCCGUUCGCCCUCUCUACGGCAGACUACGGUCGCACCCUUUUCCUCUCCGGCCCGCCUCGUCCCCCGUCGACCCUAUCGUCAGCCAACGUCGCUCCCGCGAUCGCCGCCUGUCAUAGGCGUCGACUGCUUUUCACCCAUCGAAAACCACUCCAUCGCCUCCGAUUUCUAUCCUACUUCCACCUCUCUCGCUCGCGAAGAUGCUUCUCCCCAAAGGUGGCGUGACGUGGAAGUCAGCCAGGGCGAGAUUGCCUCCAUGGAGGGCAAUUCUAUUCCUGGUGACGAGGACUCGCUUUCUCGUCUCGGUCGCUCUCACGGGUUUGAUGAUUCUCUUCUGGCGUGGAAUUAUUUCUACUGUUACGGUCCCCCGAAAUCGCCCAUGGAGAUGUCCCUGAACGAGAUGGUCGAAUGGCACGGCCAUGUUCAAGCCCCUGUGCUCCUCAACCACCACGAGCCGUACGUUGUCAAUUCCACCACCAUCAACCAGGUCGAACUCGAUCCUAUCGCCUCCACCCCCCAGGCGGCCAAAAACGGCGAGCGUGUCCUCAUCUUGACCCCGUUAAGGGACGCGGCUGCUUACCUGGAGAAGUACUUCGAACUGCUCUACAAGCUGAGCUAUCCUCACAAUCUCAUCGACCUGGGGUUCCUCGUCGGCGACUGCAAGGAUAAUACCCUGGAGAUUCUGAUGUCGGAGCUCAAGCGAAUCCAGGAGGAACAGGGUGAUAAGGUUGCGUUCCAUAGUGUAACGAUCGUGAAGAAGAAUUUCGGCGCCGGUAUUGAUAUGAGCGUCGAGGACCGCCAUUCCUUCGCCGCUCAAGGACCCCGUCGGAAGGCCAUUGGUCGCGCUCGCAACUAUCUGCUCUACUCGACUCUGAAGCCGGAACACUCCUGGGUCUACUGGAGAGAUGUUGAUAUCACCGACAGCCCGGAGACCAUCAUUGAAGAUUUCGUCGCGCAUGAUCGCGAUAUCCUUGUUCCCAAUAUCUGGUUCCAUCGGUAUAAGGACGGUGUGGACAUUGAGGGUCGUUUUGACUACAAUUCGUGGGUUGAGUCUGACAAGGGUCGGAGACUCCGUCAGACCUUGGACCCCGACACUGUAUUGGCCGAGGGCUACAAGGAAUAUGACACUGGCCGAGAAUACCUGGUUGGCAUGGGCGACUGGAGGAAAAACAAGGAUGUAGAAGUUGAGCUGGACGGAAUUGGUGGUGUCAACAUUGUGGUCAAGGCCGACGUCCAUCGUUCCGGAAUCAACUUUCCCUCGUACGCCUUUGAGAACCAGGCGGAGACCGAGGGAUUCGCACGCAUGGCCAAGCGCGCCGGGUAUCAGGUAUACGGCCUGCCGAACUACGUCGUCUGGCACAUCGACACCGAUGAGAAGCCAGGUAACCUUGGAGGUCGCAAAGCGUACUAA